AACAUUGUCCACGAUCAGCUGAGCUCUAACAUGACUUGGACCUCCCUCAGCCUUAGUCUGAUAGAUACUUGCUGGUUCUUUCUGGCUCUGUGUUUCCUUGUAGCUUUUAUCGUUCACAAAGCCUCAGCCCAGCUGCCGGGAGAGUACCGGAAGUCCAGUCCGUUCACAUUGUUUCAGGAUCUGAUUCGCUACGGCAAAACCAAACAGAAGCUGCACCGAGCACAAUGGUUGCGAGUGUUUGACGUCCCGAAACGGUGGUUUUGGCACUUUUAUGCCAUCUCUAUUUGCUGGAAUAUUUUCCUUCUGCUGUUGUCUUUCAACUUCAUCUACCAGCUGCAGUCAUACCCAUCAUGGCUGACUGGGAUGUUGGAGAUUUUAACUGGUGUACCCAGUUCUUUUGGCCAAGCCCCGCAGCUGUCCACGGUCCUGGUGCAGCUGCUGCUGUGUGUCCACUCCCUCAGGAGGCUGCUGGAGUGUCUGUUUGUCAGCGUGUUUUCUGAUGGGGCCAUGCAUCUGGUGCAGUAUUUGUUUGGCCUGGGGUAUUACAUUGUGCUGGGAUUGACUGUGCUUUGCUCGGAUCGCACGGCAAAAGGUCCUGGGACUCUCCUCUCUCGCUCGGAUUGGAUUCGUGCGGCCGGAUUUGCUCUCUUCGUCGCGGCCUCUCUCCUGCAGCAUCAGUCUAUAGUCCUGCUGGCUGGGCUACGCAAAGGAAAGUCAGGAAGAGUGGAGACUCUGGCUCACCGGGUGCCAGAAGGGGGCUGGUUCAAGCUGGUUUCCUGUCCUCAUUACUUCGCCGAACUGCUCAUUUACGUCUCGCUGGGCUUCGCUCUCGGCGGGUUCUCUUUCACCUGGUGGCUGGUGGUCCUUUACGUGCUCUUCAACCAGGCACUGGCUGGACAGCUUUGUCACGACCUCUACGUCAGCAAGUACGAGUCGUACCCAAAGCACAGGAGAGCUUUUAUACCUUUUGUGCUCUGAGCUCUCUGCAACUGCAAAUAGGCAGAAGAUUCUGAUACAAGAUGCAAACAAUGGACCUUAAAUCAGUGUUGUUAUUACUGUCCGAUCUUGUUUUAUACAUGACAUACAUGAACACAUGAAUUUUUUUAUGUUACGCCAACAUGGGUUUACUUGUUACAACAUUUCAUAUUAUUGUAGUUGAAGUUGAAACUUAUUUAUAAAGAUGUAAAACAAUU